AUGUUGGAGGCAAAAUUGGAGCUCGACGUCAUCAGCUACAACGCUGGGCUCGACGCGUGCGAAACAGGGGGACAGUGGCAGCGGGCUCUGUCGCUACUCAGUGAGAUGUGGGAUGUGAAGUUGGAGCUCGAAGCCAGCAGCUACAGUGCCGGGGUCGGCGCGUGCAAGAGAGGCAAGCAAUGGCAGCGGGCUCUGUCUCUAUUCAGGGAAAUGUGUGCAGUGAAAUUGGAGCCGGACGACAUCAGCUAUAACGCUGGGAUGAGCGCGUGCAAUAAUGGCAGGCAGUGGACGCUGGCCCUCAUGCUGCUGAGUGAGAUGAGGGAGGCAAAGUUGGAUCCUACUGUCAAGAGUUACAACAUUGGGAUAAGCGCGUAUCAGAAAGGCAGGAAGUGGCAGUGUGCCCUGUCGCUACUAAGCGAGGUAUCGGAGGCGAAGUUGGAGCCCGACGCCAUCAGCUACAAUGCUGCGAUCAGCGCGCUCGAGAAAGGCGGACAAUGGCAGCGUGCCUUGGCGCUGCUCAGCGAGAUGCGGCAGACCAAGAUGGAGCCAAGCAUCAUCAGCUACAAUGCUGCGAUCAGUGCGUGCAGGCAGCAAUGGCAUCAGGCUCUGUCGCUGCUCGGCGAUGUGUGGGAUGCGAGGCUGGAGCCCCAAUCAGCUACAACGCUGGGAUCAGCGCGUGCGAAACGGGCAAGCAGUGGAAGCGGGCUCUCACGCUGCUCAGCGAGAUGUGGGAUGUGA